AUGCGGUGCGGUGCGGAGUGCGGGGGAUGGGGCACGAUCCGCACCAAAAAUACAUCUUUCUGUGCAUAUUUCUUGAUGUCAAAUUUACGCAAACUGAUUGCGUCUCGUUCAAAGAACAAUUUGGAAGCGGUUUAUGAAGAUGGCUCACAGGAGUUGGUAGAGGAAACUACGUCUCUCUCUGUCAACGAUGAAUCGGAUGAUAAACUUAUGGAGCAUUUUAAACACAUCAAGCUGGACACUUUUCCAAUAAUAGAACAGUAUGAACUUCAUGAAGCAACAUUACAAACAUACUACAGACCUCCAUCCAAAGAACCUGGAGCUAUACUCGUGUGCCACCAUGGAGCUGGGUCGUCUGCGUUGACUUUUUGCCAACUUACUCGCUAUUUAAUGGAAGAGAAAAGCAACCAGAACCCUUCGAUUGGAGUUUUUGCAUUCGAUGCUCGAGGCCAUGGGAACUCAAUUGCAACUGACAAUUACUCUCUUGAAAAAAUGACUCUGGAUUUUGGUGAUAUUCUCGACCAAUUUGUGAAAAAGAACAAAAUAUCGUCUACUUUAUAUUUGGUGGGCCAUUCUCUCGGAGGCUCAGUUCUCACCAACUACCUUCAAAAAAACCAAACGAACCCCCAUAAUAUCAAAGGCUUGGUGAUGCUUGAUAUUGUAGAAGAAACUGCCAAUUCUGCUCUUUCAGCAAUGCCAAUGUUUAUUGCCAAAAGACCAGCCCAUUUUGCAACCUAUACGGAUGCCAUCAAUUGGCAUGUAAAAACCAACAGGUUGCUUCAUAAUGUCGAGUCGGCUAAAAUCAGUGUUCCUGCGCUCUUGACAAAGUCCAAUGACAAACUAGUAUGGAUAACGGACUUGCAAUUAACUGCUCCAUACUGGGGUGGAUGGUUUACCAACUUGUCUUCCAAUUUUAUCGAAUGUGGAAAAUCACAAAAAUCACAGAAAGUUGCCAAGUUAUUGAUCUUGGCGGGCCACGAGACACUCGACACCAACCUUAUAAUUGGUCAAAUGCAAGGAAAAUAUCAAUUGAUCGUUUUCAAUAAUAGUGAAAAAACUGGCCAUUUUGUCCAUGAAGAUAUACCCAUGCAAGUGGGUCUCAGUCUUAUCGACUUCAUAAGACGCAACGACUCGCCCAGCGACUAUAUGAAGAACGAACUUGGGUUUGUACCGAAGUGGGGGGCCUUCAACAAGGGCUAA